ACUCUAUAUUAAUGCCCAUGAUUUUGGAAUGAGAUGUUUGAUGAGCAGGUGGCCACAUACUUUUGGUGAUGUAGUAUACGUGAAAGCUACCAUCAAGUUCACACAACACAACUGUAAAUAUGGAGAUGAUCUAAGAUGGAGCACACCUCGUGCACAGAGGACCGUAUGCACCAUGGCGUGGACAGGUGCCUUUAUGGCCUGGGCCACAGCUCUCCCAACACAUAGCCCUGGAACGGUCCUUGAACAGUCCCAGGAUGAGCUGGUGGUCCCACUGGCUCUCCUGUUCUCUUCCACUCUUCUGCAGACCCCUCACUUCUCCUCUGACUCUGGGGUGCUGCAGGAGGCCUGUGAGGUGUUCCACUGUUUCCUGUCCUGGCCAGAGCCCUGCUGCAGCGCCAGCCGACACCUGCUCUCCCUCAUCCAGCAGGAGCUCAGGGUGCCAGGUAUCUCAUUUCAAAGACUAGUGAGAGAAGAACAGGGCUUGACCACCACCACCAAUCACUCCAAAACUAUGACGGUAUUGUUAAUGAGCCUAGGCAAGGAUGUCCCUCCCGAGCUCAUGUCUGUCUCUGAGCAGCUGAGUGGUGUCUGUCACUCCCAGAGGGAUACCUCCAUCACCCUGAUCAAACAUGCCUUCCAGGCUGCCCUGGGGACCAAGUACCCCCUCCAGAUACUGCAUCAUGCACUGCAGCUUGUGACUGCAGAGGCCCUGGAGACAGCAGCCUAUACAUGGGACCCAGACGCAGCCAGAGAGAGUCCACUGCAGAGCCUGAAGGGGCUGGUGGAGAGAAUUUGCAUACCCCCUCCAGACUGCCAUACAGGCCCUGGAAAUGUCCAUACACUGACGCUGCCCUUAGCCAAAUGUCACAUGUACUCCUGGGAUAAGGACAACUUCGACAUUUUAAAAGACAUUCCUCAGAGUGAGCUGGACGGGCUCCCAGUCUUUAACCUUUACAGAGACAAGGGAGAGGAGGAUGAGGAAACAGAGGAGGAAACAAUAAAGAACCGAUACACAGACCACCGGAUCUCCACUGUGUCCACCUGCUCCAAAGACUAUGUUCUCCAGCUACUCCCUGACCUCCAGCUUGUCUGUGCCCUCCACCCUGUCUCAGAUCUCCAGGUCAGAGGUGAAGGUGGACAAGGUCCAGGUGAGUGGUGGCAGUGGGAUCACCUUCCCUGUGUGUCUGGACCAGGAUGAGAAGAAGAUCAUCCAAAGUGUCAUCAGGUGUGAGGUGUCAUUGUGCUGUAAACCAGGCAGCGGUUCUGACUGGAGGUCUCACAGGAGCCGGCCUGGUCAGGUCCAGCCACUGCACCCCUCCUUCUGCUCCCUGCUCUGCCUGCCCAUCACCUCCUGUGGCUCUCAACUGCCAUAAAACACUGGACUAGGCUACUCUCUCUCCUAAACCACUCAGACAUAAACACCCACAUGAUGUUCUGAUAAUACUGUAUUCCAUUUAGCAUGAAGCUUUUAUCCAAAGCAAAAUACAGUCAUGUGUACAUACAGUUGAAGUUGGAAAUUGACAUACACUUUAGCCAA